AUGGAAUUGCCAGUAUUUUUGUUGCUCUUGCCACUUCUAGGCAGCCUUUGCGUUGUAGCCACGAUAAAUGAUGCAACAGCCGCAGCAGCAGCAGCAGCGAGGCAUCGCAAAAAUGCAACAGAGACGAGAGUAGCUCCAGCCGAGGUCUUUAUCCACAACAGUAGCCGUGCCAUCGGUUCCCGCGGCCAUAGAUCGCGCGCUGUUGCACAAUACAAACUACCACUUGAUGGUGCACCAGUGCCGCUGGACAGCAGAGAUGCCAGCGCCAGAGUGCAGCCCAUGCGCAGGCGUAACCAGGUGGUGCUGCGCCGCAGGCCAGCGACAACAACAACGCCGAGCACAACGACGACAACAACAACGUCAACCACGACGACGACGACAACAACAACUCCGCGUCCGAGUUUGGCCAACGGCUUCAAUUUUUUCAAUCCGAGCUUUUGGAGCUUUGGCCAGCAGAGCCUGGUGCCAGUGAGUGCGCCCACAAAACAUCCUCAUCCGCCCAAGAAGUUCACACACUCAACGGCAACCGGCACCAAGGAGGAGAAGCUCAACUAUCGCAAGCAACAAAAGACAACACCGAAUCCAAGGCACAAGACGAGUACCUCAACGACAACAUCUACUACCACGGAGGGUCCAUUCCGCAUAGCACUGCCAACGCUUACAUUUCCCAGCGCUGCGGGCGGCGCCAUCGACAAGGAGAAGGAUAAACGCGCUGCAGCCGAUCUGCGCCAGCGUUUCAAUUGUCCGCGCGAGAACGAGGUGCGUUUUCAGCUAUUUCCAAAGAUCUGCAAGUCCGAUAAGGACUGCUUGGUCUGGCAGCGGGACGAGAUCUGCUGCGACAUAUUUGGCGCAAGCAGCUGCGUAGCGGGAGUUGCCAAGCCGCUGGAGGAAACGGCGCACGCACCCAUAUUGGGCUUGAUACCGCGCAAGUGUCCGGCGCGUCCGCUGGCCGAACUCUGGUGGGAUGUGCAGGAAUGCCGCACAGACAUGGACUGCUGGCCGCGUGUCUGCUGCCCGGACGGACGCCGGCGCUAUUGCCGCACCUCCCAGCCGGAGCUGCAAACGGUUCCGGUGCCGGUCAAGCGCUCCUUCGACUACCUGACGGAGUACUUGGAGUGUACAGCACCGCCGCCGACCAUUUUUGAUCUGCAUCCAAAAGCCUGCACCUCCACGCUGGACUGCUUUCCAAAUGUGUGCUGCCAGGAGGCGGGCCUGCGACACUGUCGUCCGCCCAAGAAGUCUGUGCUCACACUGAUGGCCAACUUUCUGAACGUGGACUUUGUGAAGCGUUUGACCCAGAACAUUGUUAUCAAGUAGUUACAAUUCAGCUAACAUACACAGGCACAUUCAUCUGCACACAUGUACAUACAUACAUGCAUACAUAAAUGUAUUUAUAUACACAAAUCGUUUAUACGAGCACAUUCUG